CGGGUUUUCGGUCCCACAACCGCUGCAACAAACCCUACAGGAGACAGCCACGGGGCACAGUUCACCUUGCCUUCACUUAGGACAAAGAACAAACGAAAGGGAACGAGCGUACGUAGCGUGCGUGUGUGCGUAAGGCCGUCAUGCUAAUGCUGUGGGCCUGCGUGUGGGCUGCCUGGUGGGCGGGGGCAGCGGGGGCGGCGGCUGAAACGUUUGUGAGGGAUGAACCGACUAUCGUUAAUAUCUCCAUCAACGACAGCACCUUCACCGCCGGCACCGACACCUCCACCGACGACACCACCUUCGCUGCCAGCACCGACUCCACUACCGACGACAACGCUUUCACUACCUCCCCUACCAGCAGCGAGACCUCCACCCCCGAGACCCCCACCACCAGGGCUGUCAUCACCACCAUAGCCCCGGAUGAAUUACCCAGCACUGCAACGACUCCACCACCGCGAAGAGCAGGCCUCCCCGUGGACUGUGCCGACCACCUCAUGGGCGGAGCCACGGUUAGCGGGGUGUACGAGAUCUACCCCUUCACGUGCACGUGCGGCAGGUCUGUGCAGGUGUGGUGCGACAUGGAGACGGACGGCGGCGGCUGGACGGUGUUCCUGAACCGCCAGAACCAGGCAAGCCAACUCGACUUCAACCGCACGUGGGACGAGUACAAGGAAGGCUUCGGCAGACCCUACGAGGAGUACUGGAUGGGUCUGGAAACACUUCACGUUAUGACCUUCGGACGCACCUACUCGCUGCGCCUGGACCUGGAGGUGGCGUCGUCGGGGCUGCGAGAGUACGCGACACACGCCAUCGUGAAGGUCGAGGACGAGGACACCGGCUACAAGAUCGUCACGAGCGGCACAGAGGCAGGAAGUUCCAACAGCCGAUACUGUUUUCGCUACAUGAACUACCGCUCCUUCACCACGGUGGACCGGGACUACGACUACCUGUAUAACGACAACUGUGCAGCCGCGCAGGGAGGCGCCUGGUGGUACUACAAUUGCAAGUACUUCAACCCCACCAGCACCUACGACUCCUUCAUCGCCCUAAACUGUUAUGGCACAAGCGAGAGGAACGUGACGAGUCUGCAGGUUAAGAUACGGCCGGCCAUCUGCGACACGUCCCUCAAGACCAUCCACGCGCGGGAAAUGAGCUGCGGCUGUUAGGGUUUCCGAGACGCCUCCCGCCCUCGCCACCUUCAGCUUCGUGUGAGAGGUGAAAAGCAAGCUGUGAACAUAAUAUAGUCUGAAGCACAUCCUGGCGUCGUGAGAACCUGUUUGCUUCACGAUAGUUUACAUCUAUAUGGGCUAGUUAUUUAUAUGUUAUUUAUCAUGUAACACGUAUGAAGACCCACUCGGUGAAGAAAGUAAUAGUGUAACAAACGUAAAUGUAAAUAUCAUCUAUUCCUAAGAGAGAGUUUCGAGAUAAGCCAUAAAAUUUAUCCGUUACUUUCGCUUAUACGAUCACUGAGAUUUCAUUGUAACACUGGUAAAGAGGAUGAUGAAGAAACACCCAUGAUCUUCAGCACGUCCCCGAGUUACACCUACACCGCUGGGGCAGGUGACGCAGCUCCGCACGCACCUCGUUGUGUUGCUGAUCAGGUGUGAGCGGUUGUCAUGAUAUUCAAUCACUACUGUAUCUAUUGGAGUAAUAAAUAUUUGGCAUAGCUCUACG